AUGGCCGCGCGCAGCCGGCGCAGCAAAGUUCUGCCUUCCGAACUGAACAAGGUGUGUCCCGAGAGAGGAGACAGCCCUGCCACGCGCCCCAGGAGGAUGAGCGACUUUGAGGUGGUCCCAAACCUCCGGCAAAGCAGCAGCAGCGUCUCCAAGAGCAGGAGGAAGGCACAUUUCCUCUCCAGCAGCAAUGAGAAGGAAAAUCUCAUCUCGUGGAUUCCUGAAAACAUCCGGAAGAAAGAGUGCAUGUACUUUGUUGAAAGCUCCCAGACAUCGGACUCUGGGAAGGUUGUGUGCGAGUGCGGCUACCUCAGGGAACAGCACAGAGAAGAUGCUGCCAAGCCACCCAUCUUCCUGGGGAAGGAAUGGGACCCCAGCAAACACGUCCAGGAAGUGCCAACAGAUGCCUUUGGUGACAUCUGCUUCACGGGCCUGGGGCAGAAGAUGGGAAAGUACGUGCGCGUCUCCUUGGACACACACCCACGGAUCAUCUACCACCUCAUGACACAGCACUGGGGUCUUGAUGUGCCUAACCUCCUCAUCUCAGUCACUGGGGGAGCCAAAAACUUCAUCAUGAAGCCAAGGCUGAAGAGCAUCUUCCGGCAAGGGCUAGUCAAAGUGGCCCAGACCACUGGGGCUUGGAUCAUCACAGGGGGGUCCCACACUGGUGUGAUGAAACAGGUGGGAGAGGCGGUACGAGACUUCAUCCUGAGCGGCAACUGCAAGGAGAGCGAGAUUGUCACCAUUGGCAUAGCCACCUGGGGGACUGUGUACAACCGGGACACCCUCAUCUGCCCCAUGGGUGGCUUUCCAGCUGAGUAUGUCCUGGAUGAGGAGAACCAAGGGAGCCUGUCCUGCCUGGAUAGCAACCACUCCCACUUCAUCCUGGUGGAUGACGGGACCCACGGGCGGUAUGGUGUGGAAAUUGCCCUGAGGACCAGGCUGGAGAAAUUCAUUUCGGAGCAGACAAAGGUGAAAGGAGGAGUUGCGAUCAAGAUCCCCAUCGUAUGUGUGGUGCUAGAAGGAGGCCCUGGCACACUUGAUACCAUCUACAAUGCCAUCAACAAUGGGACCCCCUGUGUGAUAGUGGAGGGCUCUGGUCGUGUGGCUGAUGUCAUUGCACAGGUGGCCAGCCUGCCUGUCUCCAAGAUAACCAUUGCCUUGAUCCAGAAGAAGCUGAGCAUGCUCUUCCACGACACCUAUGAGUACUUCACUGAGAGCAAGCUGGUGGAGUGGACUAAGAAGAUCCAAGACAUAGUGCGGAGUCGGCAGCUCCUAACAAUUUUCAGAGAGGGCAAGUAUGGCCAGCAGGAUGUGGAUGUUGCCAUCCUGCAGGCCCUGCUCAAAGCAUCCCGAAACCGGGACCACUUUGGCCACGAGAACUGGGACCACCAGCUGAAGUUAGCUGUGGCCUGGAACAGGGUGGACAUUGCUCGGAGUGAGAUCUUCACGGAUGACCAUGAGUGGAGGCCCACAGAUUUGCACCCCAUGAUGGCAGCUGCCCUGAUCUCCAACAAGCCAGAGUUUGUCAAGCUGUUCCUGGAGCAAGGAGUGCGUCUCAAGGAGUUUGUCACCUGGGAUGUCCUGGUUUACCUCUAUGACAACAUAGCACCAUCCUGCCUGUUCCACAGCAAGCUGCAGAAGGUCCUGCUGGAGGAGAAGGAGCACACAGCUGGCUCCAAAAUGCCAAGAGUCCAACUGCACCACGUCUCGCAGGUGCUGCAGGAGCUGCUGGGCCGCUCCACGCAGCCGCUCUACCCCAAGCCCAAGCAAACGGAGCGGCCCCGGCUCUCCGUCCCUGUUCCGCACAUCAAGCUCAACGUUCAAGGAUCGAGUCUCCGGUCCCUCUACAAGCGCUCUGCCAACCGAGUUGCCUUCACCAUGGACCCAGUUCGUGACCUGCUCCUCUGGGCUGUGGUUCAGAAUCGCAAGGAGCUGGCAGAAAUCAUCUGGACACAGAGCCAGGACUGCAUGGCGGCUGGUCUGGCCUGCAGCAAGAUCCUGAAGGAGCUUGCCAAGGAAGAAGAAGACACCGACACUACCGAGGAAAUGCUGGCCCUGGCUGAGCAGUAUGAGCACAAAGCCAUCGGGGUGUUCACAGAGUGUUACCGCAAGGAUGAAGAGAGAGCCCAGAAGCUCCUCACCCGUGUGUCUGAAGCCUGGGGGAAGACAACAUGCCUGCAGUUGGCACUGGAGGCCAAGAACAUGAAUUUUGUAUCUCAUGGGGGUGUGCAGGCCUUUCUAACCAAAGUGUGGUGGGGGAAGAUGUGUGUGGAUAACGGGCUCUGGCGGGUCAUUGUGUGCAUGCUGUUCUUCCCACUUCUCUACACCAACCUCAUCACCUUCAGGGAGAAGAGGCUGCAGCCCCUGGGCUGCCUGGCACGUUUGCGGGCCUUCUUCACGGCACCCGUCGUCAUCUUCCACAUGAACAUCCUGUCUUACUUCACCUUCCUCUUGCUCUUCGCCUACGUCCUGAUGGUUGACUUCCAGCCAUUGCCAUCCUGGCGGGAAUACCUCAUCUACUUCUGGCUCUUCUCCCUGGUGUGUGAGGAGACCCGCCAGCUGCUAUAUGACCCAGAUGGGCUUGGGAUCCUGAAAAAGGCUUCCCUGUACUUCAAGGACUUCUGGAAUAGGUUGGAUGUCUGUGCCAUUCUGGUCUUUAUCACAGGGUUGACUUGCAGACUGAUCCCAUCUACUCUGUAUCCUGGGCGGAUCAUACUGUCACUGGCUUUUAUUAUUUUCUGCUUGCGCCUGAUGCACAUCUUCACAGUCAGUAAGACGCUGGGACCCAAGAUCAUCAUUGUGAAGCGCAUGAUGAAGGAUGUCUUCUUCUUCCUCUUCCUGCUUGCAGUAUGGGUGGUGUCUUUUGGGGUUGCCAAGCAGGCUAUCCUGAUCCAUAAUGAGGAACGCGUGGAAUGGAUUUUCCGUGGAGUCAUCUACCACUCCUACCUGACCAUCUUUGGGCAAAUCCCCUCUUACAUUGAUGGGGUCAACUUUAACAUUGAUCAAUGCAGCCCCAACGGGACCGACCCCUACAAGCCCAAGUGCCCAGAAACCAAUGAGGACAGCAAGGAGCCCAUCUUCCCAGAGUGGCUGACCGUCAUCUUACUGUGCCUGUACCUGCUCUUCACCAACAUCCUCCUCCUGAACCUCCUCAUCGCCAUGUUCAACUACACGUUCCAGCAGGUCCAGGAGCACACGGAUCAGAUAUGGAAGUUUCAGCGACAUGAUCUGAUUGAGGAGUACCAUGGCCGCCCUCCUGCGCCUCCCCCCUUCAUCCUUCUCAACCACCUGCAGCUCGUGGUCCAGCGGAUCCUGCUCCGCAGGCCAGCCACCCGCCACAAGCAGCUCAAAGAGAAGCUGGAGAAGAAUGAAGAAGCUGCCCUUCUCUCCUGGGAGAUGUAUCUGAAGGAGAACUACCUGCAGCACCAGCAGUGCCAGGAGAAGCAGAACAUGGAGCAGAAGAUCCGAGACAUUGCGCAGAGAGUUGACGUUCUAGCAGACUUCUUGGACUUGGAUCGGAUGAAGAGGACAGGGCUUGUGGAGCAGAGACUUGUCGCCUUGGAAGAGCAGAUGCAUCAGAGUGCUAGAGCCUUGAACUGGAUGAUGCAAGCCCUACACGGGAAUGGCUUUGGUUUAGACAAGGACAUGCCGCCCUUGGUCUCCAGCAAAGCCUCGGAGAUGAGAGAGUUUGACCUGGAGGAGAAAACAGAAGAGACGAAGCCCCCAUACCAUGUGCUUGCUCGAAACCUCCUAUAUCCAGGGUCUCACACUGUCCGCUUUCCUGUGCCAGAUGAGAAGGUGCCCUGGGAGGUGGAGUUCCUGCUCUACAACCCUGUCUCCUACUCGGCCAACCACAAUGAUAUGUCUGUGCAGGACCCAUUCAGCCUGUCCUCAGAGUCGCUGCUGAAGAUCAAUUACAAUGCCAUGGAUGGGCUGAUCAACCGGCAGAGCUUCCACGGCCUCUAUGAGGUGCAGGAUGGGCUGCCACUGAAUCCCAUGGGCAGAACGGGUCUACGAGGCCGCGGGAUCCUGCACUGCUUUGGACCCAACCAUGCCCUGCACCCAGUUGUGACCCGCUGGAGGAGGAAUUCGGAUGGAUCCAUUAUCAGGAAGAGCUUGAAGAAGAUGCUGGAAGUCUUGGUUGCCCAGUACCCCCUGUCGGAUGUUUGGGCGCUGCCUGGGGGGUCACUGGAGCCGGGUGAGCUGCUACCCCUGAAGCUCAAGUGGAUCCUGCGACGGGAGUUCUGGCCCCAGUUCCAGAACUUGCUGAAACAAGGCACGGAGAUACAUAAGGGCUACCUCGAUGAUCCCCGCAACACGGACAAUGCUUGGGUCGAGACUGUUGCCAUCAGCGUGCAUUUUGAUGACCAGAACGAUGUGGAGAUGAAGCGGAUGAAUUCGUUCCUGCAAGGCUGUGACCCAGAGCUGUGCAUCCGCUGGCAGGUCCUGGACAAGAGGAUGCCUUUGCAUGCCAACCACAAGGAGCUCCUGCACAAGGUCUCAGCCCUCCUAGGCUCCUACUACUGA